AGUUUUAGACACAUUAAAAACGAGUAAUACAGUUAUUUCCGCCAGUUCAUAUUGUUUUCUUGGAAAAAAAAAAUGAAGCGCAAGGGAGAUGAUGCAUCGGAAUUAAUUGACCGGAAACGUGAAAAACAACGAUUAGUAUGCAUGCAGAUUGAUGAUUACAUUGAGGAGAUCAUGUUACCUGAUGCCGAAAGACGUAAACUGGAAACGUUGGCUGAGUCAGUGAAGAGUACUAUUUAUGCAGCUAAGGAAGCAAGAAUUGCUCAUCAGAUGAACGAUCUGCAGGAACUGCAUUUAGGCAAAAUUCGUUUUCCAUUAUCAUUACCGUUUAAUUUGGAAUUAAGUAGUGUUAAAUCAUCGUGUGAUUGUCGUUGGAUCCAUCCUGUUAAAAUCGAUACCUUAGGCAGUUGGCGUGUUGGUCAUCAGACAAAAAUGGAUCCCGUUUUGGAUCUGAUCAUUAUUAUACCUCAGGAUUAUUUUGGUUCGCGCGAUUACCUCAAUUUUGCAUACUUCGUCAAACGUGCUCACUAUGCUUGUCAGGUAGCACGGAUUUUGAUAAAAACGGAGUUGUCGGUUAAAUUUGGACUGGAUCAUUUCGACACAUUGAAACCUUUAUUGUUUCUAUCAGAAAAAGGCGAUAUCUUUUUACUGUUAUUAGCUAAAAAAAAACAAACGGUUUUAAAAUUUGAAACUCCGAGACAUGAAAAUGAUGGAUUCUUGCGGAUUCAUUUUGCACCUCCUCGAGAAUUCACGAAGAUUUCUCGAUUUCGUCCAGAAAAUAAUAAUUUAAGGCCCUCUUUCUGUUCUGCUCACUUCGGAUCUCUCGGUAUCGAUACACCUACACCGGUCUAUAAUUCAAAGAUAUUAAUUGAUGUGUUACGCGAAGAAAUUGAAUCCAAGCAUGAAGCUUUUUUCCAGCAAAGACCGAACUUUUUAAAAGCUUUUAUUAUGAUACGUUCGUGGAUGCUUCAGAGGGGUUUCAUUCAGAGAGUUGAUGGUUUUUCGGAUUUGCUAUUAGCAACGUGGCUUAUAUACAUUAACGUUCAAGAAGUUUCCUUUGCUCAGGCAUCUGUUUUCGACAUUAUCACAGGAUUUUUCUCCUCUAUCAUAUCAAUAAACUGGAAAGAGUCUCGAUUGGGUUUGUGUGAUAAUGAUGCGUUAUACUCACAGUUCUCAUCACACUUUGACUUUGUAUUCCUCGAUCAUACAGGAUAUCUCAAUUUGGCUGCAUCUUUGAGCGCCACUGCUAUGGAGCAGAUUCGUACUGCUGCCACCGAUGCUAUAACCAAGAUUAAUAGCUUCAGUGAAUUUGAUCAUCUUUUUGUAAAAAGUCAUCCUUUUACUACAGCUUUCGACCAAUAUAUCAGGAUACGAUUACCUCAACCCUAUCUACAAAAUACUUUCCAAAAAAUGUGCAGUGCAGAGUGCGUAAGCACGUGUAACGAUCUAUUGCUAAUAUUCAAACGCAGGCUAGUUCCACUGCUGAAAGAAGCUUUGUCGGAUAGGAUUGUGAAUUUCGAUUUUUUUACAUCUGUUCAACAGAUCACACCGUGGGACGUAUGUACGGAAAGAGAGAAAUGUACUACGGAUGAGGUAGCGCUGCUAAUUGGAUUUCGACUUUCGACAAAGUGGAAUAAUUUAUUAACACGUGGUCCACCAGCAAAGUCAUCGGAUGCAGUACAUUUUCGUCAGUUCUGGGGUGAAAUCUGUGAAUUGCGCAAGUUUCCGGAUAAUGCAAUCUGUGAAGCAGUUGUCUGGGGUUCCAAUAAUGUCACUGCACUUAUUUGCCAACAUAUUCUUCAGAGACAUUUGAAAUUAGAAGCGUGUAAUGUGGAAGAGCGAACGUUAAAGGUGGAAGAGAUCUUACCUAAUGCAGUGGACAGGUAUAGUGUAAUUGGAAGAGCUUACGACAAAUUAUGCCAAAUACUUCGGAUGGUGCAAGACUUGCCUCUUCUUAUCACAAAUAUCCAUCCUGUGUCUACUUAUUUAAGACGAACUGCGCCCUUCCCACCUCUCUCUACUAAUGCAGUGGUCGAAAGAUGCAGUGCUGCCAUUAAAGAUUCUGUAGCACUUCCGUUGUCACACACCUCACCACCUUAUUUGCCCAGCGUAGAAGUGCAAAUAACAAUGGAGCAGAGUGGAAAAUGGGGCGAUGAUCUGGGCGCUAUUGCUCGGCUAAAAACUGCCUUUUACAUCGAACUGUCAAAAAUAUUGAAGGAGAAACAUUCAAUGCAAGCUAUUCCCUUCGAUAGUUAUUUAAUUGUUCAUUUUAACACCGUUGUGUUUCGUUUGGUGAUAGCCUACCAGAAGGAAGUGCAUAUAAUGAGGAAAUUAAACGGUGGCAAGACGGGUAUUCUAAAAGAUAGCCCAGCGUCAAAGUUGAAAGAGCUGGAAGUAAUAUUAGAGCCUCAACUUACUGCAUUGCUACACAGCGCAAGUCAGCAAUUCGAAGCGUUCCCAGAUACAUGUCGUUUAGCAACGUAUUGGUUGUCAUCCCAUGCACUGUCUGACUAUCUAAAUGAAGUGAUUUUGGAAACUAUCGUUGCUUCUGUAUUCCUUAAACCAUUAUCAGUUCAGCCGCCAAGAACACCAUUCAUUGGUUUCUUUCACUUUCUAACACUACUUUCUACGCAUAACUGGCUAAUCAAGCCCCUACUUGUUGAUUUCGACAACGAAUGGACAGAGGAAGAUGUAGAUGAAAUAGAAAAAGAAUUUAUCAAAAUGAGACCGGUGCUGCCAGUAAUGGUGAUAUGUACGUCGGUUGAUAGAAGUGGUUGUCGAUGGACAAGAGAGGAACCACAACCUUUGAUCUUAAAACGAAUAAUUGCGCUCGCCAAAGCAUCAUCAGCACUAAUUGAGCAGCAUAUUAGUAAUUUGGCACCGUUUAAUUUAAAGGGAGUGUUCACAACCGAUGUUUCCACUUUCUCCAAUGUUACCAUACAUAUUAGAGGGCGACAUAUGGUCAGGCGGAAAGUAGUUCGCGGUAAAUUAAUAAACGGGCCAUUACCGGUAAUUGACUAUGAUCCAGUUAGGGAAUAUGUAAAGCGUCUGCGACAGUGUUUCACUUCAGUUGCCCUUUUUUUCUACAACAAAUACGUGGGUGAUGUGAUCGGCGUGGUAUGGAAACCAGUUGCAUUAGUACCACGAGAUACAAGCAUAUCUAGUUGUUUACAUCGGUUAAAAGGAUUGGAUGAUAAGUUAGUCGUUAACACAAAAGCCAUAUUGGAUGAUUUCACUAUGCUUGGUCAUGGCAUUGUCCGAGAUGUUAGCCAGCAUUGCGUCAUUGAAGAUCUGGCAGGUAGUUCAGUAACUGUUGCGCCAAACAGUACGAUACGAGAGCAUCCUCGAUUUUCGCAGUACAAAUAUGUUGGACGAGCGGAAAUAAGCCAAGAAAGGCGACGACAAGAGUUUCUUCGACGCCAGAAAGAAGCUCGUUUUGAUUAUGCAAAUCAUGCUCGAAAACUGGCAAUGAACGAAUUUGAUGAAGAUAUGAAGGAUGAAGAUGAAGAAGAAAUGGAUUCAGCAAUGCCUGGUAAAGACAACAAGACGAUGAAUCGAAAAAGGAAUUAUAAGUAUGCUGAUGAACUGAUGCUUAGUGAAUGGUUGGUUGAUAUUCCGGAAAGCUUAUCCAAAGACUGGAUCUGUAUACCGUGUCCGGUUGGUAAACGAUGUCUCGUAGUCGCUUCUAAUGGAGUAACGAGUGCUUAUUCGAAAUCUGGUUGUCGCAUUAAACAGUUUCCUUCCUAUCUUCCUGGUGGAAAUCAUUCUCGUCGCGGUACGUAUACUCUUCUGGAUUGCGUUUUUGAUGAAAAAUCAACAUUCUAUUGUCUGGAUAUGAUUGCUUGGAAUGGUCUCACGGUUGCUGAUUCGGAUUUUGAUUGUCGAUUGUUCAUGAUGAACUCGCGCAUCACCGAGAAUAAAAAUUUUAGAGAAGUUUCAAAGGAAAUACCUUAUCGUUUUAUAUGUCUUCCAUAUUGUCUUUGUGAACACAAUUCCAUGGAGGAAAUGAUGCAUCGAGAUUUCGACUUCGAAAUUGAUGGUGUACUUUUUUAUCAUGCUAGUGUGCAUUAUUUUAAAGGCCAAAGUCCACUUGUAGGAUGGUUGAAACCAUGGAUGAUACCAGAAAUUUUAUCGGUUCCUGUACCAGCAAAGCUGAUGAAUGGAAAUGAGAUAGUAGCAGGCAGUUCACAGAAAUUCAUCGAAACGUAUAAUCAAGAGCACAAGCAUGUUAGCAUGAUUGGUAAAACUCCCGAAAGUGUUUCCAGUUAAAGUAAACUUAUUUGUUACUAAAUGUGUAACACGAUUCAUUUUCCAAUUGCAGUUUAUGGAUAAACGGGAUGAAUUGAGAAGUGAAGACAGAAGUUUACUUAGUAUAUUCACG